AACUUAAUGCAAGUUUUCACAUAACCAAUAAAAAAAUCUUGAUGAUAAAUGAGGUAGCUCUCCUACCCUCAUCAAAAUUCUAUAAAUGCUCCCACUUUCUCUCUAUGCAUUGUUCCAUUAUCACUCUCCUCUCAUCUCUUUUGGUCCAUUUUUGUGCUUCACAAAUUGGCCAUAUAGUACAAUACACCUAGCCCCUCUUCUUCAAACAUGGCCAUGGCAAAAUUACUUGGUGCUUUGAUCUUGAUCCUCAUUGCAAUUUCCAUGCUUCAAACAAUGGUUAUGGCUUCUCAUGGACAUGGAGGCCACCACUACAAUGACAAGACAAAAUAUGGACCUGGAAGCCUUAAGAGUUACCAAUGCCCAUCUCAAUGUUCAAGAAGGUGCAAAAUGACCCAAUACCACAAGCCAUGCAUGUUUUUUUGUCAGAAGUGCUGUAAUAAAUGCUUGUGUGUGCCUCCGGGGUAUUAUGGGAAUAAAGCUAUAUGUCCUUGCUACAACAGUUGGAAGACUCAACAAGGAGGACCAAAAUGCCCUUAAGUUUGAUUUUCAUCCAAUCAAAUUAACAAAAUUACAUGUUCUUUUUAGUUCUAUGUGAUGCCUUGUUGAAUUGAGGUGCUUUUUAUAGUGUGUAGCUUUAUUAUUUUGAUUUGGUAAAAUCUAAUAGGGUGUUUAAGAGACUCUAUUUAAUAAGAUAAGACUUUUAUUGUUUGUGUAAAAUUUAAGAAUGUUACUUUUGACAUGUUAUUAUCAUGUUUCCAAUUUUACUUGAA